AUGCCGCCGCCUUCAAUUCCCCUUCAUCUCCUCCUCUGCAUCUCUCUCCUCCUCCUUCCCAUCCUCUCAUCGCAGCAUCAAUCCUCUUCCAAUGCCAGAAGUAACAAAACACCCACUCCGCCGACGAGGUCUCGACGCUCUAAGCUUUAUUUCGCCCACGAAUUUCUCUUAGCACACAACAAAGUAAGGUUGAACGUGACGCAUCCUCUGUUAAAUUGGGACAAGAAAUUGGCUCGAUACGCCCGUCGUUGGGGAAUGAAACGCAUGAACGAUUGCAGAAUGGUCCAUUCCUACGGUCCGUACGGUGAGAAUCUGUUUUGGGGAGCAUUGGAUCACUGGACGCCGAAGGAAGCGGUAGAAUCGUGGUCGAAAGAGAAGCAGUUUUACGAUCCUCGACAUAACGCCUGCUCCGCCGGCCAAAUGUGCGGCCAUUACACGCAAAUCAUUUGGAGAGAUUCGCUUAAACUUGGUUGUACUCGAGUCAAGUGCCAAACUGGAGGUGUUUUGAUGAUUUGUGAGUAUGAUCCUCCUGGAAAUUAUUUGAAUGAGAGCCCGUUCGACACCGUCAACAACGGCGGAGCUAAAGCCAAGACCACGGCUGGUCCGAACAACUUGCCCGGAUCGCAUCACCGGAAAAUUGGCGGUUAA